AUGGAUAGAAAUGUUUAUGAAGCUUGCAGCAAUAUAAUAAAGGAAUUUGGAACACAUGUAGUGAGCGCCGAUGAAGUACUCGCAGAAAAAAUAGAUAAUGCUGUUCCUAUACCGUUCAAAACAAGGGAGGAUGUAGAUGCCGAUGUAGAAAAGGAUAGAAACGAAGGCGUGUUCGAAGGUAAUAUCAUUCCCGAUAUCGACUUACGAGUGGUGCACUACUACGCUACGCAAUUGUGCCUAAAUAAGUAUCCCCAUUUGAUUAACGCCUUUGAUGAAACAAGCCUCAUAACACUAGGUUUGCUCAUCGAGAAAUGGGUAAAAGAUUAUUUAACCAGCAUGGAGACAGAAAAUGACAAGCAAAAUAAAGUAAUCGGGAAGGGGCCCUGCGAAUUCAUAUCAAAACAUAUUGAUUAUAGGCAUGCGCCAGGUAAUAUCUGA